UAUAUUGAUUCGUUUUUAAGUCAGUAGAGAGACGAACGGCAACAUUGAUUCGCAUUUGUUAGUUCCGCGCGAUCACCUCGUCUGCAACGCCCUCUGGUAUUUGUUUUGGCCCCGAUGCAGAUGAUGGAAGUGUACGACACUGAUCGCUACAGCCGCAGCUGAUUCGCCUGCUGUUCGUGUUUCUAGACAGAUCGUCGGGUCCUCAACCUCUCCCUUCAGCAGCGCCGAUCGACAAUGACAGAUUAAAAGACUGAGUGAGCCUGCUUCUUGGCCAUCACCAGUAACACUGCUUGUCAAUAUCCACCAUUCUAGUCACUUACAUCGCACCGUUUCAAAAGCGCUUUACAUUCUACGGUCGGUCAGACGCACGAACCAAGCAGACCAAUCUCUGGGUCGCUGGCUGAUUGCGUCUGUCUGUGCUGUAUUUUGUGUAUCGAGAGCGUACGGUACGGAACAACACACGGACUCAGUUCUCUCCGUACUCUUUCUGAUGAGGGACGGCUAAUUUUACCGCGUAGUUGUCGAUCUCCGAAUCCGUCGCAUCCUAGAUCUCCCUUUCCUAUUGACUGGUUUAUUCACGUUGGUCGCCGUUGUCGUUGUCAUCAUCUGGCACAUUUCGUCGUCUAACAAAAACAAAGCGCAAACUGAUACUGCUACAGCUCGGAGUGUAGUGCAGCAGGGCAUCCAGCGACAGACCGAACAGAGGGAGAGAAAGAGUCGAGUGGUUUUGUGGCCAUUGCGGCUGCUUUCGACUAACUGCUGUAUCGUCACUAGCUUUACCAAGAGGUGGUACAAGAAUCGUCGCUGGCAGCGACGUGGGGGUGGUAAGUUAGUGGCCCUCACUGCCGCUCCAUUUGCCGUCGUACCGGGCCAUUGCUGAUGUUCACAAGCAAUGCAACCUCAUCUGUAAAAUAAGUGUUCUCUAUCGGGCUAACUGUUUUGUUCUUGGGUAAGCCAGUUUGUUCGUAUGCGUAGGCUCACAAGCGGAUUAGUAGAGACCGUGUACUGUCAAUGUGUGCUCGGAACGUUGAGUUGGUGCGUUCGCUCUCCGCUGCUGCUGCUGAUUGGUUUGGCGUAAGGUGAUGACGCGGAGAAGCAACUUCAGUGUGUGAGGUGGUUCUCUUUUGUUGUUGUUGUUGUUAUUAUUAUUGUUAUUGUUCUUAUUAUUGUUGUUGUUAUUAUUACUAUUAUUAUUGUUCUUGCUGUCCGCCGUGCCACUACUUCCACAUCGACAAAAGGGAACAUCUCAUCUCUCGCAACGAUAAAGGCGUUCGGGUUCAGUGUAAUCGAGUAGAGAAAAACUGAGGGAGAAAAAGAAGUCUACUAGAUUGAGCCGGUGAGCUGUGCUGGCAAAGUUGGUGAAUAUUAGCCAGUGCGGUGACCGCAACGGAAUAUCGUCCCCGCAUCAAGAUAUCGUCGUGGCUGAAGACGCUGUACGGUUGUUGAUGCUUAGUGUAUUGGAGUAGCGGAAAUUCGUUUGAGGCGGCAAGAAUAGUUGGUUCCAACGGGUGUCAUUGUUUCGAAUCAGUUUCGUCAAUCGCUGUAAUUCAAUGAAAACGACAACCGCUACGGGAAUCAGCUACCAAACUUCGUUUCGUCUGAUACAUUAAUUAUACGUUAACAACAAAAAGAAAGCAACUAGAGGGAAGCAAGCAAUUGCCAGAAAAACAUGUGCAUCAGCGUCGCCAACUAAACAGGUCGAAACCGUAGUUGCAGUAAGGACGCUGUAGCAAAAAGAGUGUAGCGGUCACAGCUCGAGUGUAUAAUACAUAUAUUCGCGUACGUAUAUGAUCUACGGGUCUGACCAGUUGAUCGUGGUGUUAUAAAUGGUGGCCCCUACCAACUGUUCUCAUCAAUGUGUGAAUCAUCAACUCAGUCUUAAGACAUAAUUCGCUGACAUCUACGAAGAGCGUGCCCAUGGAUUCUUCGGGUAGUCAGUGCAGUCUGCUAAACAAACGGCUCCAAAAGGAGCUUCUGUCAAUGCUAAAGGAGCCCUCGCCAGGGGUCUCCAUAAAUGCAGAUACUCUUCAUGGAUCUCACAGUCUUACCCAGUGGGUCGUGGAUAUGGAGGGAGCUCCGGGCACUUUAUACGAAGGAGAAAAAUUUCAACUACUUUUUAAAUUCUCCCCAAAGUACCCUUUCGACUCGCCUGAGGUGACGUUCGUAGGGGCCAACAUCCCUGUGCAUCCGCAUGUUUAUUCGAACGGCCAUAUUUGUUUGUCGAUCCUUACUGAUGAUUGGUCACCUGCAUUGUCCGUGCAUGCGGUCUGCUUAUCCAUCGUUUCCAUGUUGUCUUCGUGUAAAGAAAAGAAGCGGCCGGCUGACAAUACGCUAUAUGUAAAAACAUGUAGUAAGAACCCAAAGAAGACCAAAUGGUGGUAUCACGAUGACUCCGUGUGACUAUAGUGUGGACCGGGCAGCUUUGAAAUUCGUGACGAGAUCUGUUAUUAUCCGCGUCGCCUACUAUCAUCACUAGGAAUGUUGCGAAAAAAAGAAAUCUGUUUUGUAAUAUCAAUGCUGAUAAGUCACCGAUGAAACGGCUGUUACUGGUUUUGUUUUUUUUUUCCAGAUACCAUACAGUGAUGUAGUAGAGAAGGAACAGCUCUUAGCAAAUAACAUUGCGCGAGAAAUGCGUCCAAGCCUGUAUGUGUGUGUUCGAGCUGAUGAGACAAAGCAGCAUUAUCCAGUAGUGAUAAGGAUCAGAAUAUUUGCGAUACUGUCUUUGUUGAUUUGUAUUUAUGAAAUAUGGUAAUAAUAUGCUGGCAACUAAUUGCCAGUCUUACAUACUUACGCUACAAAGCGAGGAAGUUGUAGAGCGAUAGAUUUUUAGAGAAGACUAGAUCAGUUAGAAAAGACCAGACAUGUUCCGGAUGCGAUGUUAGGUUUCUUUAAAUCUCUUAAGCGCCAGCAAAUCAUCUGGUACGUAACAGAAGACUGGAUCUGAGUAUGGAGAUACGAGUUCUUGUAGGAAUUUAACGACAACAUAAUUGAAAAAAGUUGACUAUUUAUUGUCUGCUUUAUUCUACACUGGGUGAAGUAGAUCCUCCACGGCUGUUCUCGAUUUUGAUGUUAGCCGAUGCUGUUUUAUGUAGGUCGCACAUCAAUCAUCUGUUCAUUGGUUGACAAGGGAAGUACAUUGCGAAAAUAAACGAGAUCAUUCCAUCAAAGGACGGGCGAAUUCGGGAGCGCGGCGUCACUUCGGGAGUAUUCCACGGCGUCCUUGUUCUUUGUGAGCCGACAGAAAAUCCGGUGCAUAUCUAGGGACAGCUGACAAUAUUGUAAUUUAAGCGUGGCGGGCUUUUUGAAACGAGUGGGUUUGGCUACUAAUUGACUUGGUUGAAGAGACACUUGGAUACACGCCGCGGGCUAUAAGAGCGAAAGACCAAUCAAUCCAAAUGAUUGUACUAUAGAUCUGGGUGUUCGGGUCGGGCGCUAAUCAAGGCAAUGCUAUCCAGCUGAUGGCCGAAGGAUCCAGGAGCUGACUGACUAGAUGGUCGAAACGAAUGUACAAAGCGGUAAACUAGCAACCGACAAAAUGAAUCUGUUUGUAGAAGCUAUUUAUUUCCCCCUAAAUAUGUAUUUUACAAGGAUGACCAACGAAAGUAACAACUCGGAACCUUGCACCCUUUCCAAGUGUUAGCUGCCCACAUUUUUCUAAACCUGUAGAUACGCGAUACAUAAUGUAAAAGUAAACUUGCCGUAGCGACGAAAAACAGAGGUAAUUUGUUUGCUGCACAACUGACAAUAAUACGAGCUUGAUAUUUAUGCCCCAGGUCACAUUGGGAUAUUUAGCUCAAUUUUGCUUAGCGUGUAGUAAUUGAUUUUUGCUGAUCCAUUAAUUUUUAUUAUGACUUUAAAUACGUUUCGCUAACCGAUGGCCUUCCCCACUCGUCCUGAUAUUCAAGCUCUUUUGUGACAUCUGUGCAUCUGUAUGUUUAAGAUAUAUUGUAUACUAUUAAUAGUGAUGAUGAGGGAAUACAAACACAAACAUAUACGGGUGUUUUGACUAAAGACAACAGUUUUACAGUUGACAUGGUAUGUGAAUGGGUGUUCUUGAUGAACAAACUUGCACCUAAAACAAGAAUAACAAGAGGGGUAUUAUUGCGAUAAUUCUAAAAGAAAUGCCAGUCGACGAUACGCGACAGCUGCGCUACUUGGUUUCGGGGAGCCGAGUGCAACGGCGCUAACAGCUUUAGCAGUCGUAGCCAUAGCAACAUUAAAUCUACAUCUACCACCAGUCGGUUGUGACAGGAAAAUGUGCGGGUGAUGUGUUCUUUAUGGUCAUGUUUCUUUUCGGAAAAGUACACAUGGUUUUCACCUGGAAGAAAAAGAUGAUGUACAUGUAUUUCGCCACACGGUGAUGUGCAAUUUUGUCAGCUGCUCUCAUAUAUGCACCGUGGUAGCAAAAUGAUUGUUUGUUAUCGUGAUGACGACGCGGGACUAACUUAUUUUAAAAUAAAGUAUCUGCGCGGGUAGAAGUCGUCUGCUUAAGGGAGUUGCUUCUUUGUAGUAGUAAACGAGUCG